AUGGAACAAGAUCAGCAAGGACGUCGGAGGAGCAUACGCAUCAUUGAAAAGACACUGAAAAGCGAAGCCAACACAGAGAAGACGCCAGCUUCAAUUUCCAACAAGAAAGGCCGUCAGCAAAGUGCUCUUGUCCAGACGAGCGAACGGAAGAAACAAGACAUCACGGGGAAACGAAACUCUUUAAGACGGACACAAAAGCCUCAAGCUAAAACAGCAAGACGAGCAUCGAAGAGGACGGCACCACAAAAGACCGCCAACGUAGCCAAACGUGGCCGUCGAAAGAAAGCACAGGGUGUGGCCAGUACAAGGAAGCAACCUAAGCAGGAAAAAGACCAGCAUAAAAGGAUACGUCCCUCGACCAAGACACAGAUUAAGCGGAAGGCACAAUCACCAGAACCAUCAUCCUUGAGCCCAGAACCGCAGUCCAAGAAACAGCGUCAAGAGCAGAACCCAGCAGUUCCGGAUAGUAAUAUUGACCAGGAGUUGCCUCUAGGAAGUCCACAAUUUGAAGGGGAUGCUGCUGUAUAUUACUGGAUCAACAACGGGAUUUGGCCGAAAGAAAUGCCUCAAUCUACCCCUAACACCCAAUUAUUGAAUACCCACCUUGCUUCUAGGCCUCCAACCAUUCCGCAAGUGACACAAACCCUCGAACCAACAACAGCGGCCAGGUCUAACCCCUAUGCUACAAAUGCCUGUGAAACCUACCUUAGGUCUAAAGGCAGCUACAUGAGAGAAUCUGUUGGAGUUGCAGAGAAUGAUAAAACAAUAUGUCAAGAUCUUCUUAGGAGAGAGGAAUGUGAAACUCCCAGUGGCACGGCAUUCGGCGACGAUGCUUGGGAAUAUGUCCUGAACUGCUUAUCAGACGCAAAUGAGACUGGGGUCACUCGAAUGAUCAGUCAAUUGAUUGUUCCCUCACCAGUACUCGAGAUCCAUAGGGGUCGACUGCGCUCUACUCCGAUAUUGAUUGAGAGUAUAAAUCAGCCUUGGAGUUGGUCGACUUCCCUUGAUGAAGAUACGAGCACGCGACGAAGUGCAGGGGCAAAGGAACCAAUGUCAUCUCUACCAACACCGCGGCCAGACUAUGCUGUGGGAUUUGCAAGUCAUGCAUUUACCUGCAAGCAGAUUCGCAAGCUUAAGCCAUUACUCGGUGAGCCUAACGAGACUUCUGUUUGCAAGGGCAUAGAAGAUAUGCUUUUCCCAUUUUUAGCUUGCGAAGUGAAGUCAGUAAAGUCCACUACAGGAAAUCUCAUGAUCGCAGAACGGCAAAAUGCUCACACUCUGACUCGAUGUCUCAGAGGUGUUGUUGAGCUCUUCAAAUUAUUAGGGUGUGAGAAUGAAUUACACCGGAGAAUUCUUGGCUUUUCUUUUUGCCAUGAUCAGGAGCAGGUGCAAGUAUUCGCUCAUUUCCCCGUGGUCGAAACUGCAGAGCCGACUUCAUAUUGUCGUGUCCGUAUUGGAAAAUGGAGCAUAUUAGACAAGCAUAGAUGGAGGUCUUACAAAUUUUCAAUGGCCAUCUAUCAUGACUGGGUCCCAGCAUUUUUUGCAUUACUUUGUUCUGCAAUUGACCGUUUACCGGAUAUACCUUCGGACGUUGCACCUCGCCAGUCUCUGGUUCAACCCGAGAGCCCAACGGACAAAGAAUCCUCGGGGGGCAAAAGUUCAUUUUUAGAGGACAAGGAACUGGUUACAGAUACCAAAAGGAAGCGUGGCAAUCAACUUCAGUCAGUCAUUGAGCGAAGGGCCUCCAGAGGCACAAAGAGGUUGAAGGAAGGAUAG